AUGUUUUUCGCACCAUUUGUGGCCCUGAUUGGCCGUAUACCCUUCAUCUUAGCUUUCUCGUUUCCCACCAUGGCUAUUUCGGAUGAAAAUAAUGGAGAGAGAUUAGUUGGCAUCGUUAGCAACCGCCAAAGCGCUAGCGACUAUGACGAUGAUAUGAAGCGAGCAAAAUUUGCAGGCAUCGACGCUUUCGCCUUAAACAUCGGCACUGAUUCCUACACAGACAAGCAGCUGGGAUUGGCCUAUAAAUCUGCCGCUAAAAACGGCAUUAAGGUUUUCCUCUCUUUUGACUUCAACUGGUGGCAGACUAGCCAGGGUAGUGCAGUGGGUGCGAAGAUCGCGCAGUAUGCCAGUCUUCCGGCCCAGCUCAAGGUCGAUGGGAAGGUCUUCGUGUCUUCUUUCGCCGGCGAUGGUGUCAACAUUGACGCAGUCAGAUCAGCUGCCGGUCGCGAUAUCUACUUUGCACCGAAUUUCCACCCUGGUCGAAGUGAUUUCGGUGACCUUCAGGCUGCUCUGAAUUGGGCCGCUUGGGGCAAUAGCGGAAGCAAUAAGUCCCCAAAUCCCGGCAACCGGCUCGCUGUGGCGUAUGGCGACCGGGCUUACGAGACAGCUCUUAUGGGGAAGCCCUAUAUUGCGCCGAUUUCACCUUGGUUUUCGACACACUUCGGCGGCGAAGACUCUUACACCAAAAACCGGGUUUUUCCCUCUGGUCUCAUCUGGUACAACCGGUGGAGAGAGAUCCUAGAUACCAGCCCCCGCUUCGUGGAGCUUAUCACGUGGAACGACUACGGUGAAUCGCACUACAUUGGCCCGCUGUCAUCACCACACACAGAUGAUGGAGCCUCCAAAUGGGUAAUCGGAAUGCCACAUAACGGCUGGCUUGAUAUAGCCAAGCCUUUCAUAGCUGCCUACAAAGCUGGCUCAAAGCUGCCAAUUAAUUUCCUUGACGAGGAAAGGCUGGUCUACUGGUACCGACCGACCCCCAAAGACGUCGACUGCGACGCGACCGACACAACAAUGCAAAGCUGCCCCCACAGUGGCAGUGACAAUCCUGUUUGUGGCCGACCUGAUGGAGUGGAUCAUAUGACCGACGAGGUAUUCAUUGUCACAAUGCUCGAAACGCCCGCGACAAUACAUGUGCAAUCCGGAUGCAAGACGGAGACUUACGAAGCAAAGGCCGGAGUAUGGUCACAUUCAGUGCCGAUGGGCGUGGGUACCCAGAGCUUCAAGGUUGUGCGUGACGGAGAGACGAUUGAUUCUCUGUGUGGGACUAGUUUGAGGGAAAUUACUGAAACAUGCCCCUGUGGCAUUUAUAACUUCAAUGCUUAUGUGGGAACUUUGCCAGCGGAUGCCUCUGUUGACCGGCUGCAGCCAGCUGGACUGUCACGUUUGUCGCAGGGAUUGAAAACUUCUUGUUCGACUGGUAGACUGUAG